GAGGGGGCAGUAUUGUUAUCAUCGGAGGAGGAGAUAUCUCUGUCCCGAAAACCCCCGGUACCCCCUCUCGUUGCAGUUCGUUUUUAUGAAAACAACCAUAUGUUUUCUGUCACAGUACUCAGUUCAUUCCUACGAUGAGCUUUUCUAGGCUAUCGUGCGAGAGAUGAUAGUUUCUCUAAGGUUUCUCUGUUGUUAUUUUGAUACAGUGAUCGGUACUUGAAGAAACUAUUGAACAAAAAUCAACUACACAAAAGUCAAUACAUAAUGUGUAAUUUUCAUACUAAGUGAUAUUAGAAUCUGUGCACUGUGAUAUACGGACUUCACUGUAAACACUGAAAGGUUAUUAUGAAUUUUCCAUCAAGUUUAUGACACAGAAUUAGGGAGAAAACAAAUCUAUUCUGUUGGACCGAAUGUUAGGUGUAUUUUACUAUGCAUUUUUCAAUACCUGAUACCCAAGAAUUUGAUAAUUCGUCAGGUAACCCAUAUGUGGCUUACAAUAUUCACAUAAAUGGCUUGUUCCACUGUUCAGUGCGGUAUAAACAGUUGCUCAAUCUACAUGAGCAAUUGCUCAAAAGUUUGGACGUCCCUUUGCCGUCAUUUCCUCCAAAAAAAUUCUUCCCCCUCACAGUGAAUCAGCAGGAAGAUCGCCGUCUUGCCUUAGAACGAUAUAUACAGAAUAUUGGACAAAACAAAAUGAUUAACACUUCGGACAUACUGAAUGGUUUCUUGUUAAGUGCUCAACAAGAGACCGGUGGAAAAUCUAUAAAAAAUGAAAGCAUCAAUGUGGUUUUUAUGAAUGGCCAAAGCAUUGUUGUUAACAUUUCUACGGUGGAUAGCUCCAAAACAGUCUUGAAGAAAAUCUGUAGACAACUGAAUUUACAAGAGCAACUCGAUGUCUAUUUUGCACUUUUUAUGGUGAUUAUCAACGAAGGUCACGUUAAUGUUCUACGUAGAUUGCAGGAUUUCGAAUCACCUCUAAUAACUCAGGAAAAUAUUGGUGCUUUCGGAGUUAGACUUAUGUUCGCCAAGGGAUAUUGGAACAUAGGAUUCGAUAUGGAGUUAAUGCGUGAUCCAGUUGGUCUGGAAUUGCUCUAUAUCCAAACGUUAUCCGAAAUCGAGCAGGGAUGUAUACCAUUAAACGAUGAAGUAACAUGUCGACUUCGCGAAGCCCAGAACCGCGGCGAGAAGCGGGAGUUUUUAGAAGUGGCACGUACUAUGAAGUACUACGGUUACGUAAACUUCGUUCCAUGCUAUUGUGAUUACUUGUAUCCUGAAGCAAAGGUAAUAGUAGCGAUAGGCAGGAACGAAUUACGCUUGCGAACUGUGGAUGAAACGAAAGCGCAGGAGGCAGAAUUUAAAGUCACGAGAAUGCACUGUUGGAGAAUAACAUCUCUACAUAAUAAUAUCGAAACCUCCGAAAAAACAAGUGAACGUAGUCUCGAAUUGUCAUUCGAAUACCUCGUGGCAAAAAAUCAACUGGAGUGGAUCACAAUUUCAUCGGAACAGGCUAUUCUCAUGUCUGUCUGCUUGCAAGCCAUGAUCGACGAACUGUUGUUCCAAAACGCCGGUGCAGAUAAGGCUGCAGUACUUCCGGGCAAAUCGUGGACGUACAUAAUGCGCGAUGGUCAUAGUCGUCGGUUGAUGGGAUCUACAUCGAGCGACAAUAUCUGCAAAGUGUCCGAAGAUGAAGAGAGUGGGAGUCGUAAAACCGAGCCAAUUAUUAAAACAUUAGUCAAAAGAUUUUCAGCCGGAAAAUCAAAUAGUUUGAGCGAAAAACGAACAACCGUCGUUGAACCAAUACGACGAUAUACAAAUGAUUGUGAUAUUAUGGAAAAUAAUGCAUUUCAUACGAUAGGCGAUGAUGAUUUGUAGAUAUCGCGACGAUCAGAUAAGAUUAAACCUACUUUCAGGCUCACUCGAUAAUUCGUACAAAUGUAUCGCACCAUGAGAUAUUAUCUUUCGAAAUAGCCCCGCGCAAAACGUUUUAUAUCGUGUUACUUAUCGACAUGUUUUUAUAAAGAUAGUACUACAAGUCGAUACGAACAGUUUAAUAGAAAAAACGAGGUCGAACCAGUUUUUUUUUUUCCGGGAAAGAUUCAUUGGAAAACUUCAAUUUCGCAGUUUUCAAUCUUUCACCGAUAUUCGUAAUAAUUACUGUACCAGAAGUGCUACUUUACUCAACUCGUUGAAAAAUGAACUUAUACCGUCCAAUGUCACAAAUAGUAUAUAAAAACUCGGAAGACUUCCGUAUAAUCAUUCCAUUACUCUUAUUUCACAGGCUCGUAGAGCCUUUUUGAGCUUAUUAUUCACGGUUAAUGUAGGAUUAUCCAACCGUUUCAUCAUCGUGCUUAGAAUCAGUUCGCUCGAAUUCGUCAAAUUGCCCAUUCCAAUGAAAUCUUUUCAACGGUCAUUCCUUUUUUUCUUCUAAAAAAGUGGAUUCUAUGGUUCAUUUUUCUACGUGUGUAGAACGAUAUCCAUUUAAAUGUGGUUAAAAAUCUGCGAAUUACGACGCUUUAAUGAGAAUUUCAUAAAAUAAAUUAACAAUUAAUCGGGCUACAGAAAGAAUUGAAAUGGAUUUUUAACAUUUAAACAAAAAUUGUUUAUAAUCCAGUAUGACAGAAGUUUUGUGCCAAAACGAAAUUUAUAACGCUAAAUCUAAUAUAGCCGUGAGUAUAUUCGCACUGGAUGUGCAAUUAGGAAAAUUGCAUAACCUCCGUCAUCAUCCAUUUUUAUACAAAUACGAAAAUUUUUUAUUCUGUAAUUAAUUCGGUAGUAAAUUUUAUCUUCAGCAUUCCUUAAAAUCAAUUACAAGGACUUUCUUCCAUAUCACAAAAUAUCGAUGAAUUGAAAAAAAAUUCCAUUCAUUAAUCAUAGGAAAACUCCUUUUUUCUUCUAACAAAUUGAAUUUAAUUUGUAUUCACAUGUAUAAAUUGUUAAUAAAACAAAAAGAAUGAUCUA